UAAUCUUAUUUUUAUUAAAUAGACAAUAUUUACAUGAAACAGUGUACAAACAAAAGUUUAUUGUUUACGAUUUCUAUAUCAUUGACCAAAGAUAAUCAUUCCCAUAUGUACCUGCGUAGUCCAAUGACAGAGACAAUGACUAUAGAGUACUAUACACGACAGGUUGAUUCUUGACGUCACAUGGCAGACUUAGAGGGGAUGAUUGAAUUUCGUUGUGGUUGUCAACAGUAUGGUUCUGUGGAGCAGUUUCUGAUGCACGGUGUGAGGAAAAAUACGCGCAGAUCCUGUGGAACGAUAAUUCGAUCGUCGCAAAUUAAUUUUUCAAUGACAAUUCACGUCGGUCAACUCAUUCAGCUAUACGCUGCCAGUUGAAUGAAGAAACUUUCUUAACCUAUAAAUGUGCUGGUAUGCACUCUGCAAAGUCACUGUACUAUAACCCGAAUACUGUCAGAGCUUCGCAAAUUUUUAGUGUUAUUUUCGUAAAUCUUAUACAUUGUUGUCACAAAAAUGGCCGACAAGCUGGAACGUCUCAGGAUAUACUUUGUCACAUGGAAUGUGGCAACAAAGUAUCCUGAAGAAGACUUAUAUCAGCUUCUUGAUGUUAACCGUAAUAUUCCUCCAAAAACAAUGCCAGAUUUAUAUUUUGUUGGGUUGCAGGAAGUGAAAGCACAACCACAAAAUAUGUUAUUAAAUAUGAUGUUUGAUGACCCAUGGACUAAAGCUUUUAGGGAUGUAUUAAAAAAAUAUGGCUAUGUGAAAGUAUGUACACAACGCUUACAGGGUAUAGUAUUAAUUGCAUUCUGUUUGCGAAAACAUAUCACUCAUUUAAGAUUAAUGGAAGCUCAGUAUACGCGAACUGGUUUUGGGGGCAUGUGGGGUAACAAGGGGGCAGUCAGUAUCAGAUUAAAUAUAUAUGGCAUCAGUAUGUGUGUUGUGAAUACACACUUGACAGCUCAUGAUCAUUUAUUGGCAGACAGAAUAUCAGAUUAUAAUACAAUACUCGCAAACCAUACUUUUAGUUGCGCAGACACAUCAAAGAUAUUAUAUCAUGACUAUAUAUUUUGGAUCGGUGACCUAAAUUUCCGACUGUAUGGAGAAGACUUAACAGCUACAGAUAUUAACAUGAGGGUUAAAAAAGAUCAACUAAAAUGCUUAUUAGAUAGAGAUCAACUAAAAAGGGUAAUGGCAAGUGGAGAAGCUUUUGCGGAAUUGAAUGAAAAUGUUAUUACAUUUCCACCUACAUACAAAUAUGAAUUUGCUUCUCAAGAAUUUGAUCUCAAACGUAGACCAUCUUGGACUGAUAGAAUUUUAUACAAAGUGAAUGCUGAUGUAUAUGAUGAUGUAAAACUUAGUGCAACUCAGCAUAGUUACAAAAGUCAUUCCAGUUACAUACAAUCAGAUCACAAACCGGUCACAGGGGAAUUUGAUAUUGUUGUCAGACCCAUAGUGCCAGAUCACGGUGUAGAGUUCCAACCUGUAACACAAUGGUUCAUUGAUGAAGAAAAUUCUGUAUCAUAUAGACUGUUGGGAGAUUCUAGACCUACCAGUUGUGAUUGGGUUGGUCUCUUCCAUAAUGAUUUUUCUAGUUUAGACGAUUACAUUGUCUACGAAUACGUAGGCAGAGGUAAAGCGCCUUUUGAACGUCAUGCAAUUACAGAACGAAUUUACUUCAGCGAUACAGCGCUACGUUCACCGGGAAUGUACCAAUUGGUUUAUGUUGCUCAAAGUGGGAAUCUACUUGGAAUUUUAGGCGUUAGUCCACCGUUUCCAGGUCACCGCAGACCAUAGAACAACGGUUGAACACAAUAUUUGGCUGCAUACAAUUACAACUUAUGUAUAUGCAGAAGCACAUACAAUAACUGUGUGCACAUCUAUCGUAUCCAGUGACCAAUUUCACAUAAGAAUUAGAUGUUUUUAUUGUGAAUAUGAAUCAUUUUAUUUAAAUUUUGUAACUCUUUGAAGUUCAAUAUUUUGUAUUCCUUUACAAAAUAUUGAAGUAACAAUGUGUCUAUAUUUUUUAAUCUGGAUCAUAAAAAAAAUCCAUUGCAUUCAAAAUGUGCGAUAUACAUACGCGAAAUUUAUUUAGAGGCAUACUCACAGAUGGACUGUUUUGGGCUGACCGUAAAAGGAAACUAUUCACUUUAAUAAUAGCCAACUUUACUGUGGGCAUGUUUCGGGAUUAAAUUCUGCGUAUGCACGUAAUCGGACGAUUGAAGGUUCAAAUGCACUGUGAUGUCACAUAAUAUCGCUUUAACAAAAUUUAAAGAGUGAAUACAGUUUACUUAGAAAUUAUAGCUAUUAAAUGGAGAAAAAUAUUUUCACGUUACUGUAUUAUUUACUAAUAUUGCGUGUUUCUCAGAUUACCGCUAGUAAAUGUUGUGUGCAAUAUAUUUAUAUUUUUUAACAGUUUUUUAAUUAGUUCUAUUAGUCGAUAGUGUUUUAUGAAACUAUAAACAUACUUGCAUUCCAGAAUUCUGAAGGGCGCAGUAUCUGUUGAAUAAUACGGAAAUAUUUGUGACGGUAUAGAGUUAUGUGGAAAGCUAUAUGUACUCAGAAUUUGGUACCUGAUUUUUGCUUUUUGGGUUAUAGCCCGGAAGCAUUAUUACUUAAAUGUUUUACGCUUUAGAGCUUAGAUGAAUUUUCCGACGUGUUUUUGAGCACUUAUCGCUUGUGCACGCGUGCAUAACAUUUGAAUAUUAGUUGAACACAUUUUUCGACUGGGUUGGAAAAAUUGUUACAACGGUUUGGUUGUACAAACCUGCGUAUUUUAUUUUUAUAGUGCGUAGAAACGCAUGGAGACGAACAAACAUACAUUAUGGUAUAAAUGGGGAUGCAAAUAAAGAACAAUAUUUUUUA